CCGGUCGGAGCCGCGGUAGGGAUGGGGAGAAGCGGCUGGCGUGGCGGCAGCGUCGGGCCGGAGAUUUUGGAAGAAAAUAAUGAAGUGUGCAUCGUGGAGGUACAUUUUCAAACCAAAAGAAGAAAUGUGAUUUAUUUCCAGAAUUAAAAAGGAAGAGUCAAUAUGAAAGAGACUGGAUAUAAUACUAGCUAAGAACUCCUGUGUUUUUUUAAUAGAAAGCUGUCAUAGUAUUUAAAAAUCCUCUUCAAAAGAGUGAUUUGCACUAAUAAAAAGCGAAGUGAAAUAGUAUAAAGAUUGUCAAAAUAUUUUUAUGGUUUUUUAGUAUAUUUUAACUUAUUUUGUUCACUAGAGCCUCUGCAUUUUUCAUGUUCUAUUUUGUCUUCAAGAUUUUUUAAACUUUUUUCAUAAACAGAAUAAAGCAAAGGCAAUAUUUGCUUAGCACGAUCUGAGGAGUUGAAAGUCUGUUUGGAUACAAUGACAGAAAUGUUUUAAAGGCAAUUGUCACAACUUAUUUGCCUUGCUCCGCUCAGAAUCCUUUAACACAUAUUUCAUCAAUAUAACUUGUUUUCGAAAUAAUGGCGUGGGUAAAAUUCUUGAGGAAACCUGGAGGAAACCUUGGAAAAGUUUAUCAACCUGGAAGUAUGAUGUCUUUGGCUCCUACCAAGGGCUUGUUAAAUGAACCAGGACAAAACAGUUGCUUUCUCAAUAGUGCUGUACAGGUUUUAUGGCAACUUGACAUAUUCCGACGGAGUUUAAGAGGUUUAACAGGACAUGUUUGUCAGGGUGAUGCCUGCAUAUUCUGUGCUUUAAAGACAAUAUUUGCACAAUUCCAGCACAGUCGAGAAAAAGCACUCCCAUCAAAUAAUAUGAGGCAUGCUUUAGCUGAAAGCUUUAAAGAUGAACAGCGAUUUCAACUUGGCUUCAUGGAUGAUGCAGCAGAAUGUUUUGAAAAUAUCCUUGAGAGGAUUCACUAUCACAUAGUGCCAAGCAGUGAAACAGAUAUGUGCACUUCUAAGUCCUGCAUUACUCAUCAGAAGUUUGCUAUGACAUUAUAUGAACAGUGUGUAUGUCGCAGUUGUGGGGCAUCUUCAGAUCCUUUGCCUUUCACAGAAUUUGUACGUUACAUUUCAACAACAGCCUUGUGCAAUGAAGUUGAUAGAAUGUUGGAAAGGCAUGAGCGGCUCAAGCCUGAUAUGUUCGCAGAAUUGCUUCAGGCUGCAAAUACUACUGAUGACUUCAGGAGCUGUCCUAGUAACUGUGGCCAAAAAAUAAAAAUCCGUCGUGUUCUAAUGAAUUGUCCUGAAAUUGUCACCAUUGGUUUAGUUUGGGAUUCGGAACAUUCCGACCUGACGGAAGAUGUCAUCCGGAACCUGGCAACACAUCUUUAUCUUCCAGGGCUGUUCUAUAGGGUUACUGAUGAACAAGCCAAAAAUAGCGAACUUUAUCUUGUGGGGAUGAUUUGCUACGCAAGCAAACAUUACUGUGCCUUUGCCUUUCAUACAAAGAGCUGCAAAUGGGUGUUGUUUGAUGAUGCUAAUGUGAAAGAGGUUGGAACAAAAUGGAAAGAUGUGGUGUCCAAGUGUAUUCGGUGUCACUUUCAGCCAUUGCUGCUAUUUUAUGCAAACCCAGAUGGUACACCUGUAUCAACAGAAGACGCACCUAGGCAGAUAAUUCACUGGUCACAUUAUAAAGCCUCUGCAGGAAAUGGAGAAGAACUUGGAUUUGAAAAGUCUACUUUGCCUAAGCCAGAUCGUACAAAGGAGAAUGGGUUUGGAGAAACUGUUACUCAAAAGAUCCCUAAAAAAUUUCAGCCAGAAAACCCAGCCUUUAGUCGAAACCAUUUUCAAGCUAGUGGUCCCAGAGGGUCAGGUAAAUUGGGGCAUAAUGAGCAUAGGGAAAAGGCAAAGGACAUUUCCAGAGAGUGUGCUCAGAAGGUAGCGGAGAUGAAAAGCUCAUCCUCCCUAAGAAAAGAUGCAGACAGAGGAUCAAAGAGAGAAUCUGGAAAACAGAGAGAUCUGUCUGGGGAAAUCCGCACUAAUUUUAAGCCAGGAUCUCCACCUUCUGGAAAUGGAUUUAGGCAGCAUUCUAAUGAACGUGUGUAUGGUAGCCAGGGGAGAGGCCCUUACAGACAUGAAAAAGUACACAACCAAAUCCGAGCCAAUGCACAGAUGUCAAGCUCCAAUAAAACAGAUGGCUUUUGUGAUGGAGAGAAGAUGAGCCGCAUAAAGGCUGACAGCAUCACAGGUUAUGAUACGGACAGUAGCCAAGACUCCAAAGAUAAAGGAAGUGUCACUAGCAGCAAAAGUCGAAGCAGAGGUUGGAGACCCAUGCGAGAAACAUUGAAUGUAGAUAGCAUCUUCAAUGAGCCAGAGAAAAAAGAGCAUAGUUCAAAGUCCAAAUUAAAUGCAAGCAGUAAACCUAAACAUGAAAAGGAACAGAGUUCAAGCAACUGGCCAAAAGAAAAUCCAAGUCAAAAAGGCUUGAUGACUAUUUAUGAAGAUGAAACGAAACAGACAGGGAGUCGGAGUUCUUUAGAUUCAGAAGGGAAAGGAAAUGCAGAAAAGGGCAAAGGAUUUACAGAGAGAAAAGUUCAUACUGACAGCUGGCAGAUACAAAGGACUGAAUCUGGUUAUGAAAGCAGUGAUCAUAUCAGCAAUGCAUCUGCUAAUCUGGAUUCACCUGUCAUUGAAGGAAACAACCCAGUUGAUACCACCAUGAGAGAAACUGUUUCCUGCAGUGAUCGAAAUUUGUCAGUCAGAAAUCCUGGGUGUGUCUUGCAGUCUACCUCCCAGCAGAACAAAAACUCUUUGGAUGCCUUGAAGAAAGAUCAUAUAAAUACCCAAAUUAACUACAAACCUCAUAACCUACCUUCAGCAUCACAUCUGCCAUUGCACAGUCCACCUUCGAAAAGGACUGACGUACCUGAUUGCAAUAAGAAGUUUUUUCCAACAUUAAUGCUACAGACCACUUUAAAAGACCACACUGAGAGAGAAAUGAAGAACAGUGUAUUAAGUGAACAAAGCUUUGCACGGUGGCCUAAUGAAGAUAUACUUGAUGAAACAAACAUACCAGUACACAGUGCUGACAGUACAGCUUGUUCUUAUAAUGGGGAGAACUUAACCAUGAUUGAAAGGGUUCAGAAUAGUGAAUCUUCCCAUUUGCAGUUGCCUCAUACAAGGACAAUUAGAUCUGGACCAGCACUUGCAUUUUUCUUACAACAGAAUAUAUCCAAACCAUCCUAUACUGAAUCAGUCUCACCUGCUGAGCAUACAAUUCACUUGUAUAGUGGCAAGUCUGAUGAUACUCCAGAAGCAAUUUACCAAAACCUUCCUCCUCCUUUACCACCAAAGAAACACGCUCUGACUAGAUUGCAUGGAAUAGAACAUGAAUCCACUGUGGAUUUAAAACGAACAGAAGUACUGUGCACAAAUCCUUCAAAUAUUGAAAGGCAAGUGGCAAAUAUUACUUCAAAAGCUACAUCUGAAGCAAGUUCAUUUCCAGAUGAAGAAAGACUUAAAACAUCAUUUCAUGGGAAUGAGUCCUCCAAGACAGAUUUUCCAUCAAGUUUAUCAGUAAAUGAUUUGUGGGCUGUAUCCAGUAAUCCUACAAAUAAGGGGGCUUGCCUCAAAGGACCAAACGCUAGCUCCCUGGAUGCAAAUGCAAAUGAUAUUGUAUCUCUUACUACUUAUUUUUCAGUCGACAACUGUAUGACUGAUACAUAUAGGAUGAAAUACCACCAGAGACCCAAGCUAUAUUUUGCUGAUACUGGUGUGUUAAACAAAGAGACAUCUUUACCACCAGCUGGAAUUUUGCUGAACACUUCAUACCACAAUACUUCUGAAUCAAAUUAUCCCACAGCUGAGCAGAGACAUAAACCUAGCAUUGGAAAUGUGUAUUGCAAUAGGUAAAAUGAUUGUGUCAUAAAUGAACAUAAAUCCCUGGCAUUCCCAACAUGAUGUGGCGAUUUAGGUUUCUAUACCUCACCUAUACUUCAUUUAGAAGUUACAGCUAUUGAACUGUGUUUUGCACAUGCAUGUGUGAUCAAGAAAGAUGCAACUAUUUUUGGUCCUAUGUUCGCGAAUCUGUCAUUUUUAUGCUUUAAAUAUUUACACCCAUUAUAAGCUAAUGCAGAAUUCAGUAAGAAUGGUUAAACUUUUUAAACAGGUUGCUUUUUACAACUAAUGCUGCUCCUUUUUAAUAUGACUUGGUUUAGAACAUCUCAAGAUAACUUGUACAGAUCAAUAUGAAAUGCCACCCUUUUGGUUCUGAUCUUAGUUGUUUUAAUUGAUUAGUUACUAAUCUGUAUUUUAGGGCACUUCUUUAAAUUACACAAUACAAAUCAUGUAUCUUUUAAUCUACAAACAACAUUUUGUUUACAGUUUGAAAUGUUUAAGUGUAACUAUUUCUGUUUAUUUUGAGCAUUCACUAAGAUACAAUAAUAUUCCAUGGUUUGGGUGGGGUGGGGAAUCCAUCCAUAACUUCUCAUACCCUGGCUUAAUGAACCAUGGUGAAAUGUAAAAAGGAUUAUUUAUUACGUUUUUAUAUUUGCAAACUUAGAGCCAAAGGAUACAUGCAAUAACAAAGUAGUAUAGUCCUCAUAGGGGCCUGGAAAACCUCAGAAUUCAAUUUGGAGUUUUUGCCCCCACAUGAAAAUUGUGUUCCUUAUAUAAAAUUCUCACAAUAGCAAAUUUUCUUCUCUGUGACGAAUCACAUGGGGUGUGAUUUUUUUUCCUUACAGAGGCACUUUCAAAUAAACUCUUCAUGUAAAACUGAACUGUUACAGCCCCACAUGAACUUUACUACCUCACUACAGCAUGUAUAUUUCUACCUUUAGUAUGCAUAAACUAGGGGAAAUAUUUUAGUUCAGGAGUAGACACAUAUGGUCUGCAUGCUGCAUCUGACCCUUGAAGUCUACUUUUCGAAGCCUACAUAGGUCUGUGAUGUCAUUACGUAGUUAGGUACUUGCCUGUGAGCUGGUUACUUCCAGGUUAAAACCCUUCACAGGACCUACAACAUUGUGUACACAAUUAUCAGUGUAUGGGGUGGACUUUCCUAGAAAAAAAAAAAAAGACCAGCUCUUGCUGAGUUCUGAGCACUAAGAGAAUAAUGGGAAAAGAAAGUAUCCCUUAAGGUACUUUAAAGUACUGGCUCUGCCUAAGAAUUCUUGCAAGAUUGUUGAAAAGUGAAGUGCAUUUAAUGGGAGUGUUGAUUUGACUUUCCCUUACAUUCAGGUAUUCUUAAUAAAAAGUUAACAGUAGUUGAUACUACUGUUUUGCCUUGUUAAA